CAAAACAAACUCGAUUGCUUAGAACGCGGCCAGAAGUUCGCUCGAUAAGGGCGAUCAUUAGGAAGGAGGGCAAUUUGAGCUGAGUGCAUUCUCAACGACCGAGCGCGUCGCAGCAUUUCCAGGCCAUUCCCACGCUUUAUCUACCAUACACACCCACCCACCCACCCAUUCAACAAUGGCAAUGGCAACACAUUUGCUGCGAAAUGCAAGCACACUUUGGCUGCUCCGAAACUGUCGUCGCUCGCGGCCUCUCACUCUGGCUCGCUGCCUGCAUUUGACGCCCUGCGUGGAGAAGAAGGUGGCCUUCCAUCUGAGCGACAUUGGCGAGGGCAUACGGGAGGUGACAGUGAAGGAGUGGUUCGUCAAGGUGGGCGACACCGUCGAGCAGUUCGACAAUCUGUGCGAGGUGCAAUCGGAUAAGGCUUCGGUGACGAUCACCAGUCGCUACGAUGGCAAGAUCACCCAGAUCUUUCACAGCAUCGAUGAGCUGGCUCUGGUCGGUAAACCCCUGCUCGAAUUUGAAGUCGCCGAUGAGGAUGAGGGCGAGAGUAGUACCAGCAGUAGCGAUAGCUCCGACAGUGAUGCGGUUCCAGCCGCAGCCUGUGGCGCUUCAAUAGCAGCCGCAUCUGGUGCACGGCACAUAACGCCUGCUACACCCGCUGUGCGUCGACUAGCCAAGGAGAACCGGUUGAAUCUGGCUCAGGUGCCGCCAACGGGCAGAAAUGGUCGUGUGCUCAAGGGCGAUGUGCUGGAGUAUUUGGGCAAAGUGCCCAAGGGCACAAAUGUGCCCCAUCCCACCAAUUUACCCAGAGAAGGGGCUGCUACAGCCGCCGCUCCAGCUGCAAUGCCGCCCGUGCCGGCGCCAGCGGAUCGUGUGGAGGUGCUCAAGGGCGUACGCAAGGCCAUGCUCAAGACUAUGACGAUAUCGCAGCAAAUUCCGCAAUUUGCUUAUAGUGAUGAGAUCGAUAUGUCGAGUCUGAUCCAGUUUCGGGCCCAACUGCAGGUGGCUGCAAAGGAGCAGGGUUUGCCCAAGCUGACCUUCAUGCCGUUCUGCAUCAAGGCGGCGAGCAUUGCCUUGACCAAGUAUCCGAUAUUGAACAGCUCACUGGAUUUGGCCAGCGAGUCGGUUGUGUACAAGGGGUCGCACAACAUAAGCGUUGCCAUCGAUACGCCCCAGGGUCUGGUGGUGCCCAGCAUUAAGAAUUGUCAGGCCAAGAGCAUUGUACAGAUUGCCAAGGAUCUGAAUGCGCUCGUUGAGCGUGGACGCACUGGCACACUGACGCCAUCCGAUUUUGCUGACGGCACCUUUUCUCUGUCCAACAUUGGCUCGGUGGGCGGCACAUAUACGCAUCCUCGCAUCAUGUCACCCCAGGUGGCAAUUGGGGCGAUGGGCAAAACGAUGGUGAAGCCGCGAUUCAACGACAAGGACGAGUUGGUCAAGGCGUAUAUUAUGAGUGUCAGUUGGUCCGCUGAUCAUCGGGUGAUUGACGGCGUCACCAUUGCCCGCUUCUCCAAUGUGUGGAAGGAGCACUUGGAGCAGCCGGCACUAUUCUUGCUACAUUGAAGCAUUGACUCCAACUGCAGCUGCCACAGCUCAAUGAUCAACCGUUAAGGCUGUUCUCUUGCAUUUAUUUACAAAGAAAAACAAAAACAAAAACAAAACAAAUCAUUUUACAACAACAAGCAACAAUUGGCUGCCAUGUGACGCACUUUUCCUAAAACUGCCACCAACUAUAUCCAGAAUGUGCAUUCAUAGCAGGCGCCACUUUUACUGGCUCCUCGACUCUUUUUGUUGUUGUUUGUUUAGCUUUAAGCUUUGAGCGCUUAACCGUUAUACUUUCUCUUUAACUGCAUUUAUGUUGCAUUUUCACAUGCGCAAAAAAAAAAAUCAAAACAAAACAAAAACAAAAAUUAAUUCUUAGUUCACUUAUGUUGUAGUUUUUAAUGCUGCUUACAGCCUAACUGUAUAUUGUUCAUUUUAAAUAUAUAUUUGAUGUACUCAUGUUGUA